AUGGAUGUUCGCAUUCCACUGAAAAUGAAUGAGAAGUUGCUGGAGGAAUUUCGAGAGGAGGAGAUCAGAUUUGCACUAAAUGAAAUGCAUCCUACAAAAUCUCCUGGCCCGGAUGAAGUUUACUGGAAGCUCAGAGAGGAGGCACCGAAUAUUGAUUGGAAUGUGUUUGCGUUCUUGGCAUGGAACAUUUGGAACAACCGUAACCAUCUCAGGCAUGAGGGGAAAUGCAAGACUGCAAAAACCAUUGUUAGUGAUACUAACAGAUUUGUUGAAGAAUUUAGGCAGGGGAUAACCUCGACUAAUCACACGUCUCGGCCAAGGCCUAAAGCUGUAGCACAAUGGCGCCCUCCAGAGUUUGGUUGGUACAAAAUCAAUGUUGACGGAGCAGUUUUUAAGGAUGCUGGCAAUUGUGGGGUGGGCGUUAUUAUUAGAAAUGAGGAGGGUAGUCUGAUGGGAGUGAUGAGUAAAAAGCUCUCUUUGCAUUUGGGAGCUCUAGAGGUGGUAGCUAAGGCGACGGAUGAAGGAAUCUGCUUGGCGAAAGACCUGGGCUUGAAGGAUGUAGUAAUUGAAGGAGACGUGAAGGUAGUCAUGUCUGCUCUAGCCUAG